AUGGUCCCAAAUGAAGCCUAUCAGUAUAAUGGAAUUAUCAGUUUGCUAAAGCAUUUUGGAUGGAUGUUGGUUGGACUUUUUGUGGUGGAUGAUGAUCAGGGAGAUCGUUUCCUGCAAGCCGUGGGGCCAUUGCUUUCUAACAAUGGAAUCUGUGUGGACUUCACAAAACUAAUCCCCAAUGAAAUCCAUUUUAGUUCUAGAGAUAUAAGAACUGAUCUGGCUGAUAAUAUUUAUCAACUUAUCAAUUUUAGGAAAUCCAGAAUAUUUGUAAUUUAUGGUGAAACAUCUGUGAUGAUGUAUAUAUGGUAUUUUACAAUUGAUUUAGGAGGUAUUGGACAUGAGCAAAGUAUCUUGCGCGCAAAGGUAUGGAUUAUAACAGCCCAGAUAGAUUUUAUCAUAUCAACCCUACUACGGAAUUCUGAUUUACAUGUGUUCCAUGGAGCCAUUGCCUUCUCCAUUCACUCAAAUGAACCUUUGGGGUUCCAAAAAUAUCUUCAAAUCCUAAAACCCACAUGGAGACAAGCAGAUGAUUUUCUGGAGGAGUUCUGGGAGCAUGUUUUUGACUGUUCAGCUCCAGAUCCCCUGGUGCCAUACAAGGUCACUGGAAGAUGUACUGGGGAGGAGAAACUGGAGACCCUUCGUGGACCUUUUUUUGAGAUGCGAAUGACUGGCCACAGCUACGGUAUUUAUAAUGCUGUCUAUGCUGUGGCACAUGCUUUACAUGCCCUGUACUCUUCUAGAUUCAACCACAGAGGAACUCUCCAUGGCAAGCAAGAUGAACUCCACGAUCUGAAGCCAUGGCAGCUUCACCCAUUUCUUCACGGCAUUUCCUUUAACAAUUCUGCUGGAGAAAGAGUCUCUUUGAACGAUAAUGGGGAAAUGGAAGGUGGAUUUGAUAUAAUAAACUUUGUCACAUUUCCAAACAAGUCCUUCCUUAAAGUAAAAGUUGGAUGGGUAAAUCCCAAUGCUCUCGAAGGCAAAGAAUUCAUCAUUAAUGAGGACACAAUCAUUUGGCACAGGAGUUUUAAUCAGGUCCUGCCCAUUUCUGUCUGUAGUGACUCCUGCCAACCCGGUUAUCAGAAGAUAAUGAAAGAAGGGGAGAAGUUUUGUUGCUAUGAUUGUAAUCCAUGUCCAGAAGGGAAGAUUUCAAACCAAACUGACACUGAUGACUGUUCUCAAUGCUCAGAAGAUCAGUAUCCAAAUAAGGACCGAGAUCGAUGCAUCCCAAAAGUCAUAAGCUUUCUGUCCUAUGAAGACCCCUUUGGGAAAAGUUUAGCUUCUGUUGCUGUUUCUUUUUCCUUGAUCACAGUCUUGGUGCUGCAAACCUUUAUUAAGCACAGAGAUACCCCAAUAGUCAAAGCCAACAAUCGGGGCCUCACCUACACUCUCCUCAUCUCUCUCCUGCUCUGCUUCCUCUCUUCUUUCCUAUUCAUUGGCCAACCUGGGAAACUGAACUGCUUUCUCCAACAACCAGUGAUUGGUUUGAUCUUCUCGGUGGCUGUUUCUAGUGUCUUGGCCAAAACCAUCACUGUCGUUGUAGCUUUCAUGGCCACCAAGCCAGGUUCUAACAUGAGAAAGUGGGUGGGAAAAAGACUGGCCACCUCCAUUGUCCUUUCCUGCUCCCUCAUUCAAGCUGGCAUUUGUGCUUUGUGGCUCACAAUGUCUCCCCCAUUCCCAGACUUAGAUAUGCACUCAGUCCCUGAAGAAAUCACAGUACGAUGUAAUGCAGGCUCUGCCAUCAUAUUUUCUUUUCUUUUGGGCUACAUGGGACUUCUGUCCAUCAUCAGCUUCUCGGUGGCUUUCCUUGCCAGGAAAUUGCCAGACAGUUUUAAUGAAGCCAAGUUCAUCACUUUCAGCAUGCUGACGUUUUGCAGUGUUUGGUUGUCUUUUGUUCCAGCCUACCUAAGCACCAAAGGGAAAUACAUGGUAGCUGUAGAGAUCUUCUCCAUCUUAGCUUCCAGUGCUGGUUUAUUAGGCUGUAUCUUUUCCCCCAAAUGUUACAUUAUUCUCUUUAAGCCUGAGUUGAACAGCAGGGAGCAGCUCAUAAGAAAAAAGAAUUAA